AAAAUCGUGUGUUUUUGUUGGGAAUCUAUCUCGAGCUCCUUUUCUCUCUAGAAGUGUGAUUUUGAUCAGAGCAGACAUUUGUCGGUGUUCACACACACCCUUAUUUGUAGACUGCCGCAGGACACAGAAACAAGAUGUUUAGAGGGAACAGAGCCUGUGUGUUCUCUGUCUGAAACUUUUCCUUGCUGCUCAGCUCUGCCUGCAUUUGUAUGUGCAUGUGCACAUGUAUGUGUAAAGAAGAAUAUUAAGACUUUUAGAGAAAGAGGGCGGGGAGGAAAGAUCCUGAGAGAGAGAGAGAGAGAGAAAGAAAGAAAAGAAGAGGGAAUGGGGAGAGAGAGAGAGAAAUAAAAUGAGAGAGAAAGGAGGGAGGAUCGCUUUAUAGCUGCUAAGAUUGCAGACAGAAAUAGCACACAACCACUGUGAGCUGUACCCGACUCAGAACCAAGACAAAUUUUAUUCAUUUUCAUUAAUCAGUUCCUCAGAAAGAAGGAAAUGGCAUCUGGUCCUGUCUUCGUCUACAUCUUAGUGAUUGGAAAAUAUUUCACUCAUGGGAGUGGACAGGAUGUCCAGUGCUCCCUUGGACAUUUUCCCUGUGGGAACAUCACAAAGUGCUUGCCUCAGUUUCUCCACUGCAACGGCGUGGACGACUGUGGGAAUCAGGCCGACGAGGACGACUGUGGAGACAACAAUGGAUGGUCUCUGCAAUUCGACAAAUAUUUUGGCAACCACAAUGAAAUGACCUCCUCAUAUUCCUUUGAGACAAAAACAUCUGAAUGCUUGCUUGGUUCUGUGCCUGGGCAUUGUUUUUGCGGAGGUCUACAGCUUGACUGUGAUGAAGCCAAUUUACGAGCUGUUCCAUCAGUUUCUUCAAAUGUGACUAUAAUGUCACUCCAGUGGAACAUCUUAAGAAAGCUUCCUCCUAAUGGCUUCAGGAAGUACCACUAUCUUCAAAAGCUGUAUCUGCAACACAAUAAGAUUAGGUCUGUAUCCAUCUCUGCUUUCAAAGGACUGCACAGCCUUACUAAACUGUACCUCAGUCAUAACAGAAUAACCUUCCUGAAGCCAGGUGUUUUUGAAGACCUUCACAGACUAGAAUGGCUGAUAAUUGAAGAUAAUCACCUCAGUCGAAUUUCCCCACUAACAUUUUAUGGACUAAAUUCUCUUAUUCUCUUGGUGCUGAUGAAUAAUGUCCUGACACAUUUGCCAGAUAAACUUUGUCAGCACAUGCCAAAGCUACAUUGGCUGGACUUUGAAGGCAACCAUAUCCAUAAUUUAAGAAAUUUGACGUUUAGUUCCUGCAGUAAUUUAACUGUUUUGGUAAUGAGGAAAAACAAAAUUAAUCACUUAAGUGAAAAUAGUUUUGCACAUCUCCAGAAACUAGAUGAAUUGGAUUUAGGUUGUAAUAAGAUUGAAAAUCUUCCACCACGCAUAUUUAAGGAUCUGAAGGAGCUGUCACAAUUGAAUAUUUCCUACAACCCGAUCCAGGAAAUUCAAGCAGAUCAAUUUGAUUAUCUAGUCAAACUCAAGUCUCUCAGCCUAGAAGGAAUUGAAAUUUCAAAUAUCCAACAAAGGAUGUUUAGACCUCUUAAUCUUUCUCACAUAUAUUUUAAGAAAUUCCAAUAUUGUGGAUAUGCACCCCAUGUUCGCAGCUGUAAACCAAACACUGAUGGAAUCUCAUCCCUUGAGAAUCUUUUGGCAAGCAUCAUUCAGAGAGUGUUUGUCUGGGUUGUAUCUGUGGUUACUUGCUUUGGAAAUAUUUUUGUCAUUUGUAUGCGACCUUAUAUCAGAUCUGAGAACAAGCUGCAUGCCAUAUCAAUCAUUUCUCUGUGCUGUGCUGACUGCCUAAUGGGAAUCUAUUUAUUUGUGAUCGGAGCAUUUGAUCUCAAGUUUCGAGGAGAAUACAAUAAGCAUGCUCAGCUGUGGAGAGAAAGUAUUCACUGUCAGCUUACCGGAUCUCUGGCCAUUCUGUCCACAGAAGUAUCCGUUUUACUCUUAACAUUUCUGACAUUGGAAAAGUACAUCUGCAUUGUGUAUCCUUUUAGAUGUUUAGGACCUCGAAAAUGCAGAACAGUAACAGUUCUGAUUCUCAUUUGGAUGAUUGGGUUCAUAGUGGCUCUCAUUCCACUAAGCAAUAAGGAUUUUUUCAAAAACUACUAUGGCACCAAUGGAGUUUGUUUCCCUCUUCAUUCAGAAGACACAGAAAAUAUUGGAGCCCAGAUUUAUUCAGUGACAAUUUUUCUUGGUAUUAACUUGGUGGCAUUUAUAAUUAUAGUUUUUUCCUAUGGAAGAAUGUUUUAUAGUGUUCAUCAAAGCACUGUAACAGCAACUGAAUUACGGAAUCAAGUUAAAAAAGAGAUGAUUCUUGCCAAGCGUUUUUUCUUUAUUGUAUUUACUGAUGCAUUAUGCUGGAUACCCAUUUUUAUACUGAAAUUUCUUUCACUUCUUCAGAUAGAAAUACCAGAUACCAUAAAUUCUUGGGUUGUGAUUUUUAUUCUGCCUAUCAACAGUGCUUUGAACCCAAUUCUUUAUACUCUGACCACAAGACCAUUCAAAGAAAUGAUCCAUCAGUUUUGGUAUAACUACAGACAAAGAAGGUCUCUCAAGAGCAAAGGAAGUCAGAAAACAUACACUUCCUCAUUCUGGGUGGAAAUGUGGCCACUGCGGGAGAUACCACCUGAGUCAAAGAAGCCUGCUGCUUUCACAGACCCCUGUGAAAUGUCACUAAUUUCUCAAUCAACUCGACUCAAUUUCUUUUCAUAACUAACCCUGAAACCCAUUUCUUCACAGAGAAUACUGUAGAAUGCUUCAGGAGGCAUUUCAUAGUAUUAAACAAAUACCAAAAAAUUAAUAAUUUAUAAUAAUGUCUAAGACAAAUCAGUAUACAAGGACACAAGGAAAAAUAAAGAAGUUAAUGCUCAUACAAAGGAAAGUAAUUAUAUUGGUAAUGCAUAUAUAUUAGAUAUACAUUUUGCACAGAAAAUUAAGAGAUAUAUACUCAGAGAAAUUAAUUCUUCUAAAAUGCAUUUAUUCAGUACCCACAGUGCACAUUGCAUUUCAGUUAAUUGCCAGAAGUAGACAGUACAGAAUCUCUUCAAUCUGUAAAUUGUGUUUAACUACAAAGGCCACACAAAGCCCGUCAGCCGUUCCUAGUUUAGAGCUUCAUCUGUCAUGCAUAAGCAAACUUAAGAAUCAUAGACAUUUUUAAGUAAAGAUUUAAGGUUUUGGAAUACUCAAUAUAACAGCAUCAAAGAAAAUGUUUAAUUGUUUCCAAAAUAUUAGUAUUUUGUUUUAAGGAUCCUUCUUGAUCGGGGGGUAUAACUUGCUGGUAGUGCAUUUGCCCAGCAUGCACAAGGCCUUAGGUAUGAUCACCAGCACUAGGGGGGAAAAAAGAAUACUUAUUAUUUCUCAAGUCUUCAUACACUCCAAUAAAACACCUUUAUUAUUACAAACAAAGGAUGCUUUGCUAUAAAUCCAAAAACAGCACCUCUCUGUCACUUCCUGCACAUUUUGUGCUUUGGUUUAAAUGAAAGUCAUCGCGUGGGAUUGGAAGAGGAAUGAGAAUGUUGCAAAGGAGUAAAGGUGGAAAGCUAGCAUUGAUAAACAGAUCAAUGGAACAGUAUUGGGAGUUCACAAAUAAACCCUCACUUAUUCAGUCAAUUGAUUUUCAAGAAGAGUGUCAAGAUCGUCACAUGAAGAACAUCUUUUCAACAAAAGAUGGUGUACUGGCAGGAUAUUCACAUGCCAAAGAAUAAAGUUGGACCCAAACUUCACAAAAUAUAUAUAAAGCAAUUCAAAAUGAAUCAGAAACCUAAAUGUAAGAGCUAACGCCAUAAAAUUCUUACAAGAAAACAUAGGGGUAAAUCUUCAAGACUUCGGAUUCAGCAAAGGAUCCUUAAAUAUACGACAACAAAAGCAUGAACAACAAAAGAAAAUAAUUUGAAUUUCAUCCACUUUAAAAUUUGCUGUGCAUCAAAGGUUAUCAACAGUGAAAAGACAGCCUUCCAGGAUAAAAGAAAAUAUUGAGCAUUAUAUAUCUGAAAAGUGAUUAAUAUCCAGAAUACAUGAAAAAUUCUUACAACUUAUACAACAAUGAAAAUUUUUAAAUGAGCGGUGGAUUAUAAUAAGCAUUUCUCCAUAGAAAUAUAAAACUGGUCAAUAAGCACAUGAAAAGAUGUUCAACAUCACUAAUUAUCAGGGAAAUGCAAAUUAAAACCACAAUGAGAAAACACUUCACACCUACUAGAAUGGAUAGUUAUCAAUCAAUAAAAAAAUAAGUAAGUGUUGGAGAGGCAUGUAGAAAAUGUAAAUGGUGCAGCCCCCAUGGAAAAGUUUGGCAACUCCUCAAAAACAUUUAAAAAUAAAAUUACCAUAACUCAGGGGCUGGGGUUAUGGCUCAGUGGUAGAGUGCUCACCUAGCAUGCAUGAGGCACUGGGUUCGAUCCUUAGAACCACAUGUAAAAUAAAGGUGUUUUGUCCACCUAAAACUAAAAAAUAAAUAUUUUUUUAAAAAUUACCAUAAUCCAGAAAUUUCAUUCUUAGAUACAAACCUCCCCAAAAAAUUAAAAGAGGACUCAAAUAUAUACUUUCAUGCAAAUAUUAAUUGCAGCAUUACUAAUACUAGUCAUAUGAUGGAAACAACUCAAGUGCCUAUCAAUCAAUGAACGGAUAAACGAAAUGUAGUAUAUAUACAUACAAUGGAAUAUCAUUCAGCCAUUAAAAGAAAUGAAGUUCUGAUACAUGCUACAACAUGAAGAAUAUAAGCUGGAUAUAAAAGGACAAGUACAGUAUGAUUCCACUUACUUGAAAAAUCUAGAAUAAGCGAAUUCAUAAGAGACAGAAAGUAAACUAAAGAUUGCUAAGGGAUGGGUGGGGAUUGAGAAUGUACUAAGAAUUGCAGGAUAUCUUCCUGGGCUUAAAAAAAAAAAUGUUUUAAGAUUGUGAGGAUGGAUAAACGAUUUUGCAAUUAUGCUAAAAACCAUUGGAUUGUAUCCUUUGGAUGGAUAAAUUUUAUGGGUAUGUGAGUUAUGUCUCAGUAGAGCAGCUAAAAGAAAAAAAGAGCUAGACUGCACUGAUUCAGGAACCUAACUUCAGGAAAGGUUUGCACUUAGAUGUUUCAUACCAAGGAGAAAAUAGUUGUCAUCAAAAGAUAGCUUUACCUUCUAUUUGCACAACCAGUUCAUAAGAUUUAACUUUUUAGCUACUUGUUCUUCUGUGGUCUCUAAUUGGUCUAUUAGAAUUUCUUGCUUUCAUAAUUUGAAACCUUUAAACAAGUGGGAGUGUUCAUGUAGCUUAAAUACAGCAAAAAUGAUUGAAACAUAAAAAUAUGGGAAACAAAAAUAUUUGCAUUUAUUGAAUAUAUAAUUGUAUAGACUCAUUUUGAAAAUAAACUACCUAAAA